AUGGGAACAGUGCAAGAUUCAAUUGAUUUAUAUACACUUUGGAAAUAUGACGAACAGUUACUUCAACAUCAAACUAAACCAUCGUUAUCAUUAAAUGCAAUACCAUUUAAAUCAGAUGCAAGUAAAUUUCUUGUACCAUCAUUUGGACAAGUUUUUUAUACAGAUGGUUAUUCAACAAUGAAACAAGAUGAUCGUUAUGAAAGAACUUUAUUUGAUGAAGAAAUGGAAGUACCAUCGAUUGGUACAGAUAAAAAUAAUUUUGAUGUAGCUGAAAUGAUUACAUUUGAUAUAAGUGGAGCAUCAACACAUUUACCAUUAAUGUGUAAAAUGAUUAUUUAUCAACAAGGUGCAACACAUGAACGUGAGCCACCAAUUCUUGUACGUGAUGUAUGUAUUCAAUGGGAUGGUAUUGAUCGUCCACGUCGAAGUAGUAUGGAUAGUUUACCAUUGAAUAAAGAUAAUCGAAAUGAAAAUGGUUUACAACGUGCUCGAAGUAGUGAUUAUUUAUUAGAUGGUUCAAUCAAAUCUAUGAGUGACAGAUUCUCAAAUGGUACAAAUCGAUGUUCAUCUAGAGCAUCAUCUAUGACAGAAGAUGAUGAUGCAGUAUCAAUAAUAACAGCCGGUGGUACUGUACGACAUCGUGUAUCUCAUUUACUACAUCGUCAUAAAUAUCUUCGUCAGAUUGAUACAAAUUUACUUGGUCGUUAUGAAUUCUAUUCCGUUCCAUUUUAUCAAUAUCGUGGACGUCGUUAUGGACAAAAACAUGUAGAAAUACAAGCAAAUGAAUUACCAUCUUUAAAUAAUUCUCUUAAUCAAACUUAUGAUUUUAAUCCAACUACAUAUUCAGUAACGAUCAUUCUUCCUGUACGUGAUCGGAAUCAAAUUAUUGGUACACGUUUUAAUACUUUGAAAAAUUUUCAUGCAAAUAUUCCAAUUAAUACUACAACUCAACAUACAACCGUUGGAUAUAUAAAUACUAAACAAUUUGUAACUAUUAAACGAACAAUUCAUGGUGAAAUCGUUGAUGUUUAG